CUUCAUAGAUGAAAAAACAAAACAAUAAUAAUAUUGAAGUGGAAGAAUAAAAUUAAAGAAUAAUGUUUGAGUCUGAUGACUUUGAUCAGAUACUCUCUCAAUUUGAACUUCCUGUCGCGGCGUCUUCGAAUGUUGACCAAGAUUGUUGUAAAGGAAAAAAUGUUAAAAAUAUAGAUGAAACUAGAGAACUUUCAGAUAAUAAACAAGUAGUGGAUUAUUCUGAAGCAUGCAUUAAUAAUGCAACAGUGACUAAAAAUAUUAGUGAUAUACAGACGUCACAAAAUGUAGUUUCUGUUUUACAUACUAAAAGGAAAAUCAUAGACUCAUAUUUUGAUCAGAAAAGCAAAAGAAAAUUUCCUGGACCUGCUGGACUGCUUACUGGAAAUUUUCAAGAUAAUCAAGACACUGAGAUGUGUCAAAUAGAGCUAUUAUCACAGACAAAAUUCUGAUGCAUACAAGGAGAGAAUUGAAACAAAUAAAAUUUAAGUAGCAUAAAGUGUACAUUACAUAGAGAUGCAUGGUCAAAGUUUGCACCUUACAUUGUCUCUGAAUGUAGUGCAUUGGUCUUAUGGAAACCAACUAUACUAACUACAGGAAGUGCAUUCAAAAAGCAUUAUUUGAAUAUUACAUUAAGUAAUAUUUUUGCACUUUAUAGUUCUGCUGUUCUAGACAAUGAUGUAAAUACAAAUUUACCUGAUGGAUAUGUCAUAACCCAUGAAGGAGACUUUACUGUAAUCAAAAUUAAUGAACAAUCAUUAUCUUCAGGUAUUCAAUACAUAAUUGUAUUUGAUAAAUUUUGCAUCCACAAUAAUUCUAUAAUCAUAUUUAUCUUAUAGAAAAACUUUGUUCAAAAAAUAGAACUGACUUCAAAAUAUAAAAAAAAGGAUAAAUAAUAUUUAUCCAAGAAAUGCUAUUGAUUUUAAGCAGAGGACUUAUGUAAAUUAAUAAUUAAAUGAUAGGUGUCAGACUUCAAUAGCAUUUUCUUGAAUAUGUUGCUUUUGAGAUAAGUAUCAUUUUUAAAGUUUAAAAUCAGUUCUAUUUUUGAAGAAAGUUUUUAUUUCAUCCUUUUUUUUUCUUAAAUAUAGUGUGCCUGAAAUAAUAUAAGAGAUUUUUUUUAUUUGCUUGACAUAAUUUUUUUUUCAAUAAUCUAUAAUAAUAAAGACGUGAUUGCUUGUUUGUUUACAUUGGAUAGGCUCCGAAACUAUUGGCCCGAUUGGAAGCUACAUAAUAUGAGGGGGCGAUGUGGAAAAAUCGCGGGAAAACAGCUAAUUUGGUAGAAAUUGGUUCAUAGUUCGAGAAAUCGAUGAUCAUACUUUGAUAAAAAAUAUACAUAAUCUGAACACAAAAUCCUCCUUUUGGAUUUUGAAUGAAUUCAAAAUAUGGAAUCUUUUGUUUUUUAGCUGAAAUGGGCCAUGUCAUAACAUAUCAUCUAAAUAUUCAGGUGAUAUGUGGUGAUACGCGUAUUUUUUUUUUGUUAUAAAAGGAAAACUACUGUUUCGAUUUCGAUUGAAUUUAAAUGUGAUCGACUCGGUCCAUCAAGCAAAAUCGAUCGAAUCACAGAGUCGAAUAAAAAAUAUUUUUUAAAAUCGAUGAAAACAAUUGGCGAAAAUAUCGGUGAACAUACAUAAAAAAAAACAUACAUCGCCGUCGAACAUAUAACUUCCUCCUUUUUUAUUUUGAAGUUCAUUCACCCAAUAAAAGGACUUUUAUUUUGGAAUUAUUCCAUUUUUCAGUGUAAUCAGCCUUACUAAUGAUUUAGUGCGGCAGUUGCAACUAGUUUAAAAUUUCUUUGGAUUCUGUCGCAUUAUAAAGAUAGGUUUGCUCAUAUUAUGUUGAUAUUUUUUUGUAAACAAUUCGUAAUAUGUAUCUCUGAUAGCAUGCGAUGUGGUACACAGUGUUAUUCUUAAAAAAAUACUGUUUUUAAUUUUAGUAAAUUUUUUCAAGAUAUUUUAUUUGUGAUAAUAUUUUUUUCUAAAAUAAAUAAUUGUAAACUCAUUUAAUUGUAUGCGUAUGUCUAGUAUAUGUAUUAUAUGUCCAGUAAUAGGAAUAUAUAGUGCUUAUUAGCUUAAACUUUAAAGUAGAGCAGAGACAAGAAACAGAGACUUCCUAAGAUUAUAUUUAUACGGAAGAUUUGCCCCAAAAUUCAGGGUAAAAUAUUUGCAAUAAGAAAUUCGUCUAUGUUUGCUACAGUUAAAGGCUCACGUUGAGAUUUAUAAAGUUCCUGUGUAAUUAAAAAAGAACCUUAACAAUUGUUUUUAAAAUAAUAAAAUGGUUGUUUUAUAAUUUUAGCAUUCUCUAUACCUACGUAUUUUGGAUGGAGAUAGAGGAUUUAUAAUUCAAAAAGAUAUUUGUCUUUUAUCUUAUUAAAAUAUAUUUCUAAAAUAUCAACAUGUGCAUAAUAUUAAAUUAGUGACCGAAUCACAUUGUUUUAGUAAUAUACUUUAAUAAAAAUCAUUUACCUAUUCUUUAUAGCACUGAAAUAAAUGAAUAGUUCUAAGGAAGUUUUUAUUUUUAAUCUUUGUUCUUCGAAGUUUAGGUUAACAAGCACAGUGACGGGCUUAAGUAAUCAUUUCCAGACAUAAUAAAGUGUUAGUGUAAUGAGUAUUCAUACGUUUAGCCUUUACGUUAGCGCCAACUGAAUUGUGUAUAUAGUCUCAUGGUUUAUCUAGUGGUAUACAUUAUAGUAUAGUGAUAGGGUUUUGAGAUGUGCGUACCUAUAUAAAGAGGAAUCUGUAACUGCUACCUAAUGGCUAGUUUACACGUGAUUAAGUAGAUAGCAGUAAGUAGAAUUUUAAAUUAGUUUCAAGUGAUUAUGUACGUGUAAACCACAAAUAUGUAAUAAGUAGUUUGUUUCAAAUGUAGUUAUCUACUUAUGAGCGGAAUUAGAAUUAAAUAUUAAUCUGUUACUUAUAUUAAUUUGUUUACACAUACUUAAUCACUUAAAAUCAAGUUACAAAUGUUACAUGUAAACUAGCCUUUAUACAUACUUUUAUUAAACAUGUAUCAUGUGGGGUAACGAUGUACCAUAGUAACACUAAAUAAUACUAAUUUUAACGUUGUUUUUAGGUGUAAGUCACGAUAAUUCAAUAUCUGACGAAAAUGGACUCCUUGAAGAAUUAGAUAAUAUUUUUUCAGAUAUAUUUUGAUACUUUUCUACAAUCUACAUUUAAGUUUAAAAUAAAAAGGUGAUAAU